AUGACGUCAGUGACUUCUUCAUCACAGUCAGAAACCGGAUUUUUCGGCCAAGCAACGAAACUCGUCGCGAGCAUGCUUGGCGGAGGGAAGAAGGAAAAGCCAGAAAUCAAAAGCUUGCAACGGGCUGCUGCCAUGGCAAAGAGGCAGCAAGACGAAGCCGAUAAGAAGGCCUUGCGCCUCAAAGAGAUGGAGGUACGGCGACAGGCUAUACUUUCCAGGAAAGCGGAAGAGGAAAAGGCUCGAAUUUUGGAGGACGAGAAGAAGACCAAAGAGAACAGCGAGAGGCGCAAACGAGAACGAGAGGAAAACACCGACAAACGACCCGUGAAACUUCCGACAGUAGCCGUCAAGAAAAUGGAGGAUGAUUCGACCAAGAAGCGAAAAUUUGUAGUGGAGACCCAGAAGAAGGUGGAAGCCAAGAAACCGGUGUCCAAGGACAAAAAGGAACCUGUGCCGUUCAAGUUAGUGAAACCGAGUGUGCCGACGCCCACUGCAAAACCGGCUCGUCCUCCGAAAUCUGUGAGAAGCGUUGCAUCUGCUCUGGUAUCAUCCGCAGCCUACAAUGUGUCACAGAACUUGCCGGGAGGGUCCUCUGGUUCCAAACCAGCCAUCCCGGAGGCAAAACCAUUUAAAUUGGCACCUAACCAAAAGGACAAGGGCAAAGCCGUGGCACAAAAUGACGGAAGUGACAAAUUGCCUUCUGCCAUGAUCCAAACUCAGAUGGCCGCUCGCGCAAAAGCGCAGAUAGAAGCUAGCAAGCAGCAAGCCACCGAGGUCCCCAGUGAAUCCAUUGAGCUACCGGAAAUCAAUAGUGAAUACUCGGAUUCCGAAGACGAGAACCGAGUCCGCACGUUUGAUCCCCCCGAUUGGGCCCAGUCACCCGAACUACGACAAGCGUUGCAGAUGCAAAGCACAGUUAAUCCUGAUGAUAUCUUCGGCGCCAUCCGACCCCUGCGGAUGGAGGAGAUGUUCCGCACCAGGCAAAGUCGAUUUAGAGCUCGCACGAGCUCUGCAAACUGGUCUGGAGCGGACAGGCUUACGAUAGAGGAGGUUCGAGAGUACGAGCGCAGGAUGGGCUUCCAAUCACAAGCAUAG